AUGUCGUCCACAGGAGGGCGACUAAAUUUCCCAUUUACCCUCAUGUCCCAUCGUGGGGGCAGUAGGCAGCGAGUGGAGAAUACAAUGCCAGCUUUUAGAUAUUCCGCGAAGGAGUUGAAAGUGGACCUGCUGGAACUCGACUGCUAUCUGACAAAGGACAAGAAAGCGGUCAUAUUUCACGACAGGGACUUGAAGAGGCUGUGUGGGCUGGAGGGGAAGGCCAUCGGGGAUUACAACUACGACGAACUACCACCACUAUUAAUCCCAUCAGAUCUCACCGGCGACAAGAAGGUCACGGGAGAUCCCGACUCGACACGGAUCCCCUUGCUUACGGAGCUACUGGGCGAGUUCCCACAGUACCCGAUGCAGAUAGAUGUGAAGAAAGGACCGGAGGAGUUGGUGAUACAGGUUGGGAACCUGAUGCGCGAAUACAAACGGACCGAUAAGACCGUGUGGGGAAGUUUCCAUAACCCGCAAAACGACUGGUGCCGAACGCACUUCCCGGAGAUUCCCCACUUCUUCAGGAUCUCCCGCUUGCUUUCCUCUCUUGUCGCGUGGAGCGUUGGACUUUUACCGUACAUGCACCACCACGAAAGCGCGCUCAUCAUGCCCAAUUUCAAAUGGAUCCUGUGGCCGGGAUUCGCAGAAGCUCUCAAUCGCAAGGGCAUCCCCGUCAUUGUGUAUGGAAUGCCUGGAGGCGGCGUAAAUACUGUGGAAGGUUGGGAGGCCGUGCGGAGCUUUGGAGCGAAUGGGAUCUGUUCAGAUAGGCCUGCUGCUCUACAAGAAUGGCUGAAGACCCAUCCCUUACGGAGAGUGCAGGACGCGAUGAAGCCCAAAUUGCAGUAG